AUGAGACCGCCAUUUUUCAUGGGCCGCCCGUUAUCAUGUGUAUCUCGAAGUGUUCGCAUUGAAACAUUAUUGGGUAUUAUUGUAUCGGCCAUGAUCUCGAUUAUAGCUGGAAUACUCUCGUAUAAUAGUGAUAGUAUUGAUAUAAGUUUUCCAUUACGACAAGUAACAUCAUCAAUUACUGUUGGUAUAACUCUUCUAUUCUUUCCUAUCUGGUUAGCGAUUAAAAAUGCUAAGGAUAUGAUAAAACGAGGUAUUAUUCUUUUAAUCAUCUCUGGUCUCACAUGUUUGAUUACUGCGAUAUUCAUCAUGAUUGUAUCGAUUCCUGUUUUUUAUGUGGUUGCAAAUCAAAACGAAUUAUGGUUUUAUGUUUUUCAAACUGCACCAAUCGUUUCUGCACAAAUAAAAGAACAGUCUAUAAUUGAAGCAAACUUAACUAUCCAUACAGCUAUUACACUUUGA